GUGAAACCGGCAUUCUUUUUCCUCUUUCCACUCUCAUUCUACUUUUUUUUAUGUACGUGCUAAAAAAACUUUUUUUUUUUUCAGUGUCCUCUUCUUUUUUAUUGAAAAAGGACUCUUUUUCUUUUUUUCUUUUUGCUCUUUUUUUUUUAUUUAUUUAUUUAUUUACACGGCAAUCCAUGAUGUGUGUCUUUGUUUGUCGUACCAAAAUCAAGCUCAGAUUUCACCAUUUGUUGUCUCCAAUAGUAACAGCAGCAGCAGUAGCAGCAGUAGUAGCAGCAGGAUAAUUUCAAUCCCACACAAAAAAAAGCAAUCAAUGCAUUUACAACUCCGCACCGAAAAUAUUCGACACUUUUCACAAAAAUUUGAGUUCCUUUAGUCAUGCAUUUUUUUAAAACCAAAAACUUGUUAAUAAAAGGUAUCUCAAAUUCUACCAAACUUGACAAAAUAG